AUAAUAAAAAAAAUAUUAUAACCACUUCAAUCAAGAUUCUCUUUAAAAAAGAAAAGAAAAGAAAAUAUCAAUCAGUUAUUGAAGAAGAAAGACAUGGCAAAAGCAGAAAUGAAUAGCAGAGGGAAAAGAUGGUCUCUCGAGGGAAAGACUGCUCUUGUCACUGGAGGAACCAAAGGCAUAGGACAUGCUAUAGUAGAAGAAUUAGCAGAAUUUGGGGCAGCUGUGCACACAUGUUCUCGCAACCAAAAAGAGCUUGAUCAGUGUUUACAAGAAUGGCAGAGCAAAGGCUUCAAAGUAACUGGAUCUGUAUGCGACGUAUCAAAUCGAACCCAAAGGGAAAAGCUUAUAGAUGUAGUUUCCUCCAUCUUUGAUGGAAAGCUUAACAUUCUUGUAAGUUUUCUUCUUUUUUUUCUUUCUGAUGUUUCUCUUUUAAUGGUUUAACCAAGUGGAUAAGUU